CGUUCUCUCUUUCUUCUCAAAUAUUCGAAAAACCUCUUUUCAGAAAUUUCAGAUCCAUGGGAGAAGAUUACUCAACUUAUGGAGGAGGAGGAGGUAGUCAACCGGGAACAUUCAAUGGAGUUCGAUUCAUACUUGUUGGAUUCAAUCCAUCAGAAGAAAAUGAAGUAGAAAUCAAACUUAUUAGUGGAGGCGGAGUGAAUGUCGGUCAAUAUGGUUCUAAUUGUACUCAUGUUAUUGUUGACAAAAUUGUUUAUGAUGAUGAUUGUUGUGUUACCGCGAGAAAGGAUGGGAAACCGGUGGUUAAUUCGGCGUGGGUGGAUCAUAGUUUCCAUGCUGGGAUGCCCGUAAAUUCUAGCUUGAUUUUGUAUAGACCAGUUAAGGAUUUGAAUGGAAUUGCGGCUGCAAAUUCAUUUGUUGUAUGUCUGACAGGAUACCAAACACAAACUCGUGAAAAUAUAAUGAGGAUGGUAUGCAUGAUGGGAGCAAAAUUUUCCAAGUCCUUGGUAGGAAACACAGUCACUCAUCUCAUAUGCUACAGAUUCGAGGGUGAUAAGUAUAAGCUUGCAAAGCAAAUAAAUAGAAUAAAGCUUGUCAACUAUCGAUGGUUGCAGGACUGUUUAAAAGCAUGGGAAAUACUUCCAGAAUCUAACUACUAUGAGAGUGGUCAUGAAAUAGAGAUGAUGGAGGCUGAAGUUAAAGAUUCUGAAGAUGAAACUGAAGAAUAUAGAGAUACAGAACAGCUGGGAGUGAGAAAUGAUACUGACAGUUCAUCUAAGUUGCAAGCUGGAAGGGGUAUGUCAACUUCAAAGGGGUCUGACUUGACCAUGCCAGUAAGAAAAAGGUUUGAUAUCAACCAGCAGACAUCCGCAGCUAAAGACUUGUUACAUGCCACCGAGAACACGACUUCAAAAACCAGUAUAAAGGGAUUAAGGGUGGGAGAUUCUGCAGAGAGUUCAUCUAAGCAUCAGUAUUCAGGAAAACAAGCUAAAAGAAAAGAUGGGGAUCUGUUGACUUCCAAAGCAGAUCAAGCGAAGGAAGUGGUGGGAGGAGUGAUCAAUGAGGAGAGGACAAACAUGGUUGAAGCAAAAAGGAGGUUAUGUCAUGCAAGCAAAGCAUGCGAGAGUAAGACAGAGAUGCCAUUUGAUGAUGAGAAAGAGAGAAAGUCAGUUGAAAAAUGGUCCAGUGUCGAGUCAGGAGAACAUGAUAAGGAAAAUGUUGUUCCUAAACCUAAUACUAAGCACAAGCAGAGUGAUAUAAGGCAAAAUCUAAUACUGACUUAGAUAGUUCAGACAGGCUGGGAUUCGAAGCCCUUAAACUCUCAACCUAUGUGCUUUAUACUUAGUGGGAAACGUCUACAGAGAGAGGAGUUUCAGAAAAUUAUUAGGAAUUUGAAAGGACGAUGCUGCAGAGAUUCUCACAAAUGGUCAGAUGAAGCUACUCACUUUAUCCCCCCAGUUCAAGUUAGAAGAACAGAGAAAUUCUUUGCUGCUGCAGCAUCAGGCAGGUGGAUAUUAAAGAUGGAUUACUUAACUGCUUGUAACCAGGCAGGAAAGUUUGUGGGGCCUGAAACUGGACUUAAUGAGGAGGCUACAAUUAGCUUAGACGCUCCUAGGAAGUGGCGUCAGUUAAGAGAAAGGACGAGUCAUGGUGCUUUUUAUGGAAUGCAAAUUGUUACUUACAGAAAAAGCUUUGUUCCAUCAUUGGAUACUUUAGAAUGUGUGAUGAAAGCAGGCGGUGGUGCCAUUCUAGCAACUUCCCCUCCUUACACCAAGUUCCUCGGAUCAGGAAUUGAUUUCGCGGUUAUAACUCAAGGAAUGCCAAGAGAUGAUAUGUGGGUUCUAGAAUUCCUAAACCACAAGAUCCCAUGUGUCUUGGUUGAUUACUUGGUUGAGUACAUAUGCAGACCUGAUUAUGCACGUGAUGAUCAUGUUCUCUACGACACGAUAGAAUGGGCAGAUAAGUCACUAGCAAACCACGAAACGCGAAUAGGAAUGAGAGUGGAGUCGAAGAAAAAUUGGGCAAAUCUUGAAAUGGAGGGCAUGAACUCUACGGAUCUGAUUUGCAACAAUAACAAGGAGGAGAAACAACUGCCAUUUAACACUUCCGAAGUUGCAAACAAGACGCCUCUAGAAAAAGGUGAUGGCAUUCAUACUAGAGUUUGUAAUUAUCCUAGAAAUUAUUCUGAAGAAACAACAGACAAGGAUGAUGAUGAGGGUGCUCUUCUUAGACGAGUAAGAGCCAAAUAUUUUCAAGCUAAAGAAGAGUUCUAUGCUAAGGAGAAGAUAUACCUGGCAGUCGAGUUCUUUAUUAGAUAUAUAGAUGUUUUGAACUUGUAAUUAUAUAGUUCAACUUAA